AUGGAUAUGGUGAGAAGGUUGGUUGCUGACAGGCCAGUGGUGAUAUUUAGCAGGAGCACUUGUUACAUGAGCCACUCCAUUAAAACACUUAUAUCUAGCUUCGGGGCAAAUCCUACAGUUUAUGAGCUGGAUCAAAUUCCAAAUGGGAAGCAAGUUGAAAAGGCAUUAGUGCAGCAGCUAGGAUGUCAGCCAAGUGUACCAGCUGUUUUCAUAGGGCAAGAGUUUGUUGGUGGUGAUAAGCAAGUGAUGAGCUUACAAGUCAAGAAUGAGCUAGCCCCAUUGCUCAGGCAGGCAGGAGCUAUAUGGAUUUGA